ACUACAUUGUAUCGGUUCCCACACACAGAAAGAAGCGAGAGCGCUGCUCGUCCACCACCACCACGAACGGCGAACACGGAGGAAUUAAACCCUGGAUGGUGAAGCCGUUCGCUGCGGGAUUCGCGCGAGGAAGGCUGCGGCUCGGUAGGGGCGCGCGGGGACGAUGCUAUCGGGGACUCGGCUGCUUUCGCUGUGGACGGCGUCUCCAAGUGUGAUGGCAGAAGUCCAGUGAAUCGCUGGCCUCCCCUCCUCUCUUGUUGUCGGCUGUCUGGGGGAGUGCGCUGCCACUGGUUUCUACUAGAGCUUCGGAUUUUUUUUUUUUUUUUUUUUUUUUUUUGAUUUCGAGCUUUUAUUGCGACUCGGGCCGCCCCAGCAUAGAUUUGUUCUUCGUACGGAGCGCCCACCGCCAUGGACGGAGAGCGGUUUGGAAUAGGAUUGUUUAGCUAAGUCGGGCAGAAUGUGGUUAAAUGGGACAGGAAGGAGUACAACGUGAAGAUUCUCUAACCCUCGCCCCUGACUCCCAACCGUCUGACAGGGUGUCGGACCUCACCGAGGCAUUCCUGGGCCGUUGGCACUAAAAUGUCCCUAAGUGGUGGCACUGCAGGCGGGAAAGGUGUGGACUCGAAUGCGGUGGACACUUACGACAGCGGGGAUGAGUGGGAUAUCGGCGUUGGCAAUCUGAUCAUCGACCUCGACGCAGACUUAGAGAAGGACAAGCUUGAGAUGUCUGGCACCAAGGACGGCAUGGCGGCACCACCCAGUGCCGUGGCGGCGUUGCCCGACAACAUCCGAUUCGUCAGCCCGGUCUCCGGCGCUCAAGGCAAGGAGAGCAAAUCCAAAUACAAGCGCAGCAAGAACUCGAAAGACAAUAGCAGCAAAGCUUCCGGCGACGGGGGCAAAAAAGAGCCCAGCGGACGGACUCAAGGGGAGCCGACGGGGGCGGCGGCGGGCGCAGUGGCCGCCGGCAACAACGCCACCUCUGGGAAGAACAUGGAGAAAGGGGGCAAAGCCUCCCGGGGGGUUCUCGGUGGUAAAAAGGACAAGGAAGGGGCCGGCGGGAAAAAUAAGAAGGACAAAACAGAUGGCGCCCCGGUCGUGGCAAUUGGCGUCUCUGAGAAGGACAUGUCUCAGGCCCAAGUUGCGUUGGGGAAUAGUCGUAACGCGUCCUUCGAGAACGCACAAUCAACAGACUUGGCCGACGCUAAUCAAAUGGGGAAUAUUGCACUUGAAUCUGUUGGGAUAGUACCAGCUUUGACCGCGAAAACUGAACCAGACGAGGUGGAAAAUGUUAACAGCGAAUGCAAGACGUUAAAGAAGAUAAAAACCGAGAAGAUGGAAUCUCCUGUCUCCACGCCAGCGCCUCCCCCCCUCCACCUCCUGGCCGCGGUGGGCAACAGCGAGAUCGCCUCGCCGUGCGAGCAGAUAAUGGUGCGCACGCGCUCGGUGGCGGUGAACACGUCCGACGUGGCCCUGGCGACGGAGCCCGAGUGCCUGGGGCCGUGCGAGCCCGGCACCAGCGUCAACCUCGAAGGCAUCGUGUGGCAAGAAACUGAAGACGGCAUGCUGGUGGUCAACGUCACUUGGAGGAACAAGACGUACGUGGGCACCUUGUUAGACUGCACACGGCAUGACUGGGCUCCCCCCAGAUUUUGUGAAUCACCCACGAGUGAUCUGGAAAUGAGGAAUGGUCGUGGCCGAGGUAAGCGUAUAAGACCGAACAGCAACACCCCGAUCAACGAGAACAGCAACUCGUCAGACAACAAGGUUGCCACCAACAACAAGACACGCGCCGCCUCGAACACCAAGGGCCGGAGGGGCAGCCAGACGCCGUCGGAGCGCCGGACCCCUCCAAACAGCAACACGGAGGACAUCAAAGCCAGCCCUUCCUCUGCUGGGAAACGGAAGACCAAACCCGCCUCCGACAUGGAGCCCAACUCUAGCUCAGAGGACACCAAAGGCAACAAGCGCAUGCGGACAAACUCCAACAACGGAGGCGUGGGGGCCGCAGGUCUCCCCAUCCCUUCUGUUAAGACAGAAUCCCUUCCGCCUCCGCUCGACCGUAGCUGCCCGUCUCCAGUUCUCAUCGACUGUCCGCAUCCCAACUGCAACAAAAAAUACAAGCACAUCAAUGGACUGAAGUACCACCAAGCCCGUGCUCACAAUGACGACGAUAUAAAGUUGGACUUGGACGGAGACAGCGAAUACGGAGAGGACUCAACUCUCCAUCCUGAACCGGGAAACUGUAACGGGGCAUCUAUCUCCCAGAAAGGAUGUUUGUCCCCAGCACGUUCAGUUACUCCGAAAGGCAGGAACUUUGAUGCACAAAGUCCUUCCCCGUCUCCUGGAAAGUUUGGUUCAAAGCAGAGCAAAAAGAAAGUAGCUGAGACAGAUCCAGACACAGGAAGUACACCGAUGGAUGGCUGUGAGGACGGGCCAUGUCUUACUGAUGAGGCUAGUAAUGAUGGCAUAGAUGAAAAGAGAGGCUCGGAUAAGUCCAAAAAGGCUAACACUGGUACUAAAACUGAUAAAAUUGCCCAGAAAAACUUGAAGUCACCGCGUCCCAUUGGCCCUGGACCACCAGGGUCCCAACAGAUGUACCCAUUUCCACCUGGAAACCAAAAUCCCUCCCCAGGACUUGCCCCAAUGAUACAGGGAAUCCCCAAGAGCCCCCAAAUGAAAGGUGCACAGCCUAAACCCCCUGCUAUUGGAGAUCCAGCUUCAAGUAGCUCCAAAGACAAGAAGAAGAAAGACAAAAAGAAAAAGGAUGGCGGAAAGGAUGCUGAUAGCCCCAAGCCUCCCGGAAAGGGUGGAAAACUAGAAGAAGCAAAGCUUCCAUACUCUGAAUCUUGCGAUCAAGGGAAUAAGGGCGAUGGUCUCCUCAAUGGUUCUUCAGAUCCCCACCAGAGUCGCUUGGCCAGUAUCAAGGCUGAGGCUGACAAAAUUUACAGCUUUUCCGACAAUGCUCCGAGUCCGUCUAUUGGUGUCGCCAGUCGGAUAGACGGCAGCGGAAUGCCACAGCCUCUCGCGCCUCUUCACGUCGUAAACCAGAAUGGGGCCGACAACUCUUCAGUCAAAACCAAUAGCCCAGCGUAUUCAGACAUUUCAGAUGCGGGGGAGGAUGGUGAAGGGAAACCAGAGGGUGUCAAAGUCAGGACAGAUGACCAAACCAUCAGGGAAAGUGUCAAAAAAGCACUCUUUUCAAACCAGACACCCAGCAAAGAGUCCCCUUACUAUACCAGCUACGACACUUAUUACUCCCCUAAUUACGUCAACCCCAGUCCUGGCGGCCAGAACCCAGUUGCACCUGCUGCCGAAAGUCAGGCUAAGAUCAAAAGAGAAGAUGAACACGACCAAGUUGAGGAAAAAGUCAAGGUAGAAGUUCAUGAAGAACGAAAAUCUGACCCCAGUGUUGCUGCCCAACAGCAACAACAACAACAACCCUCUGUCAUUCAGCAGCGGUCGAACAUGUACAUGCAACCUUUGUACUACAACCAGUACGCAUAUGUCCCUCCAUAUGCAUACAGUCAUGAUCAAGCAUACCAUAACCACUUGAUGAACACCAAUCCAGCCUACCGGCAGCAGUAUGAAGAGCGGCAGCGGCAGAUGGCUGAGCAGCAUCGAGCCGCCGAGAAGAAGUCGGAUGUUGUCAUGAAAGAGCGAGAAGCCUCCAUGAAGGAGGACUGGAAACAAAAGAGUCCGAUGCCGCCGAGCCUCUCCAAAGCCCCGAGUCAGUCAGAUCUGGGAAAGGUACCACAGCCCUCAAGCAAAUCCAGGGACUCGCCUUCGGAGCUGUCCUCCAAGUCCAUUGGAAGCUUAAAGGGGGAGGACCUAAAGUCCCAGCAAGCCGAGGGGCUGAAGAUGAAGCUGACUGAAGGGGGUCACCAUGGAAAGGAGGACUCUUUGCAAGCUCUGGAGUCCAGAGGCCAGGCUGGGAUGGAGCAGGCCAUGUGGUACAGACAGUACCCUGAGAGCCAGAAGCUCCAACCAGACGACGAACACCAGCAACAACAGCAUCGCAGGAAAGACGAAAGGGAACGGGAUCGGAAGUUAAAGGAAGAAAGGUCCAGGCCGAAGGACAGUCAAAGUGGACCCAAGGAGGACGGAAAAGACUGCAGCGAUCCCAGAAUCAGCGCUGAAGACCAUCGAGCCAUGAGCAAAGACUCUCGUUCUAACCCCCACAUGCAGUUCACGUCACCACUAGCGCAGCACCAAGGCUACUUGCCCUACAUGCAUGGUUACCCCUAUGGACAAGGCUACGACCCCAACCACCCGGGAUACAGGGGCAUGUCUUCAGUCAUGAUGCAGAAUUACCCAGGUUAUCUGUCUGGAGGUUAUCCGUUUUCUACGUACGGGGGUAAAAUAGCAGGAGGUGACGAAGGCAGCGAGAAAUCCCGCGCUAGCCCCACUGUCACUAAAACAGCAACGGACUCCAAAGCCCUGGACAUGCUGCAUCAGCACAACAGCCAGUACAAGAGCAAAUCCCCCACGGUUGGCGACAAGCCGCCCCACGACAGGGAACGGGACCAGGACCGAGGGGCUGCCAUAGAAAGGGAGCGGGAAAGAGAGCGUGAGAGGGACAGAGACAGGGAUGUGGACCGGCCGCGCUCCUCGCCGUCCCAGCGCAUCAUGCCCUCUCACCACCACUUGGGAUACCCGCUGCAAUACGACCUGUCCUAUGCCACAGGGAAACCUGACCGUCACACCUCAACCCUGCAGAGAUUCAUGUGACUGGCUCACAUGAGCGCAGCAUCCUCUGGUUCUUACCUUUUAGACAUCAGUUGAAUGGUGUUUCUAUCUCUUUUUUUUUUUUUUUUUUUUUAGUUUCUCUGCCCCAAGGCAAGGCAGAAUGUUGUUGCUGUUUUUUGUUUUUUCUUCUCCCCAUAAAAGAUCCCCCUCCCUCCCUCCCCCUCCCCCAAACUCUCCGAUCCGAGGACUAAAAGUUACCCAGGUUCAAAGCCAUGGCUCUGCCCCUUCGCGCAGAGGAAACACCGACCCGCUGAUUAUCUAGUCCUUGCACUGUCGACAAAUACAAUGCAAAAAGAGACUCUCGGACUGCCAGAACAGCUUUUCUUGUUGUUUUUUUUGUUUUCUGACUGCAUUGUUUUCUUUUUGUCACACGCAGAAAGAACAUGGCGGGGGGGAGGGGGGGAUUUGGGGUGGAUAUUGAUGGGGGGGCAUUGACUAAACUACAGACUGGCUUACAGUACGCCGUGAAACAACAGUAUAUCCUUAACUUGACAAAUGUUUGGCUAUAUUUAGUGGGGAGAGGGGGUGCAUGGUAUCAGCUGCUUUCUUCAGAGACUUAAGAACCUGAGACCGAAGUUUUCCCAUCUUCAUCGUCAUCAGUUUGAGUUUUUAGCUCUUUUUUUUUUUCUUCUUCUUCUCUGUCACAUUGAGUUUCAGGGACGAUGCCGUCAUUUUUCAGCGAAGGGACCGCACACACCUCAUGGAGAAACAAAACACGUCUCCUCUUUCUCUGUCAGCUCUCUUUCAUAUCAUUGUGUCCAUCUUUUGGAAGCGUCUGAUGCUGGUUUCAUUCAUGUUUUCUUUUUUUUUUUUUUUCCCCCCCUUCACCACGAAAGGAGUCACUCCCACUCAAACGGUGAAGCCACAUCAGCAAGCGAUCAGGCCACACAUGCAGGGGGGUUGCUGAGUGACUGCGCUUCUUUCACUCUGAUUGUUUCCUGUAAACAAUGUAAAAUUUGGGCUCAUGUAUUUUUCUGCUGUAUUAUAGGCUUUUACCUUUCUGUGCAUAAAUGUUUGUAUUUAUUCAAGCAUGCAACUGUUAGAGAACCUGUUAAAAAAAAAAGCGGUCUGCUUUUGCCCCAUUGAGCUCAGAUCCGUACUGCUGCUGGGUGUUUUGUGCGUUUUCUUUUGGUGUUUUUUGGCUUUCCUCGUCUCGCCUAGCUGGGUUUACAUCUCCGUUCACACCAACGCCUGCAGUCACGCCUCUAAAUUACUGUCUUUGCAACGCUGAGCUGCUAAUCAGAUGCAGGAAGGUCCACGUCUUUGUUUUUUUGUUUAUUUUUGUUUCCUGGCCAAUCAGCUGGGGUUCUUCUCUUACUCAUGUGGCUUCACCGUAACAAACGGUCAUCUCAGACAAAUCCUUUCCCGUACAGUAACGGGAGCUCACAGGACAGUCACACCCGCGCUAAGAGCACAUCAUGGCCAUAACGCACGUCAUCAGAUUUUAACAGCGGACUUUUAAAGAAAGAGAAAUAAACCGUGAAUGAAAUGGCUGCUGAGAAGCGCCGCGUCUUAAAACACGUGGGCCCGCUCCGUAAAUUUCCGGCCCGCUUAGCUUAAAGUCGACACCAGAAGCCUCGGCGAGGGUGGCCCGUUCCACCAGAGGCUCUCAAACCACGCGGGCUUUAAGUGAAAUCCUAUCCACACGCCGCUCACAUUGAUUACAGGUUACCGAUCGCUGAAGGGUUUCAGGCCUUACCGUGCUGUUAGGAGCAUUUUAAUGACAACAUAUUGACCAUGCUCUCAUGUUUUUUUCUUAAUCUCCUUUUUCUAAAUCUUAUUGCCCCCAUGGUUGUAGUUUUUAUUACUCCCCAUCGAGUCCUCAACGCUAACAGUGAAUCAUGGCUGCCCCUCCUCCCCCCUCCUGAAGCCGUGCGUUCGCCAUCAGAACGAGACGUUUUUCUCGCCUCUACGAAACUGCAGCUCUUCAUUUUGAGGUUCAUGGACAUUCCAAGUGAAAAGGUUGCCAGUUUCUAGCCCCGAAAAAUAAAAAUGAAAUAAAACCCCAACAAGUUCACAGGACGGUAUAUAUUUUGACUCUGUUCACAUUUUAAAGAAGAAUGGCUGAGAUGAUUUAAAGCUGAAUGUGGUGGUGUGUGACUUGUACUUAAUCUGUAAGGGUAAUCUAGGCAGCUGUGAUGUUGUCAUUAAAGUCAGUGGGGUUUUAGUACCAGCAGACUGCAUAUAGUUUUAUCAGACAAUGGUUGUGACAAGUGCAUUUGUUCUCUCUCUCUCUCUCUCUCUCUCUCGCUCUGAGAGUAGUGUUAUCUCAGUAGUAAGCAAAGCCCAGUGAAAAUCAUUUAUUCUAAAGUGUAUGAAAAGCCAGAAAAGUAACGUUUGCUAUCAACAUAUUGGAAAGUGCUUGGCUCUUGUAUUCUGCAGGACUGUAUUUGUUUCAUGGUGAAGAGUAUAUUUAUUGGCCAGCAGUUGUCUCAAUUGGUGCCUAGUCGAACAUUCUUCUGUGAAAACACAGACACUUGCUCGUUUGUCUUUUUUCCCCAACCCACCUCCUGUCGCGCCCCCCCCCCUCCUCCCCCACCUUCCCUUUAUUCCCCACCCCUCCCCCUUUUAACCCCACCGACCUGCACCCCCCCACCCCCCUCUCCAGAAGUACCGGAGCUGGUGCUUGCAAGGAUGUUUACAAUGUCUACAUUUUCUUUCUAUGUGAGAAAUUCGGAGCUCUUCUCUCUCUCCUCUGUUGUCUUUCCCUUCAGGAGUUUGUGUAAAGUGUACAUUACCAUGGUUCUUUUUUAUACAAUACUCUGUAACUUGCCUUUGUAAAUUUGGGCUGGAAAAAAAUAAAUCUUUUUAUGAGACAAUCUGUCCUGGGAACUGC